CUGCAGUGCGCAGGCGUAGGCGAGCGCGGAGGCGCGGUCUCCAUGGCGCUGCUGUAGCGGUGCAGGUGCCUGGGAUCCAGAAUGAGCGCGUCCGAGACAGAUCGCUGGGCGUGGUUGCUGGUGCUGAGCUUCGUGUUCGGGUGCAAUGUGCUGCGCAUCCUUCUGCCGACCUUGUCCUCGUUUAUUUCCAGGGUGCUGCAGAAGGAUGCAGAGCAGGAGUCACAGAUGAGAGCAGAGAUCCAGAGCAUGAAGCAGGAGCUGUCCACCGUCAACAUGAUGGAUGAGUUUGCCAGAUACGCCAGGCUGGAGAGGAAAAUCAACAAAAUGACGGACAAACUCAAAACUCACGUGAAGGCACGGACAGCUCAGUUGGCCAAGAUCAAGUGGUUUAUAAGUGUUGCUUUCUACGUACUACAAGCAGCGUUGAUGAUCUCACUCAUCUGGAAGUAUUACUCUGUCCCUGUGGCUGUGGUGCCCAGCAAGUGGAUCACCCCGCUAGACCGGCUGGUGGCCUUUCCUACUCGAGUAGCAGGUGGAAUCGGAGUCACCUGCUGGAUUUUAGUCUGCAACAAAGUCGUGGCUAUCAUUCUCCACCCUUUCAGCUGAGGGGAGGCCGCCACAGCCUUUACCGAGGAUUCUGUUAGGUGAAGAGCGGAUUGCGCACAAGGCUACAGAUUGUUGUUUUUGUGUUUUGGAGUAUGAUUGCUUUUGUGUGUCACCUGGGAUUCUUGUUGAAGUUAGGAUUUCCUAUACUCGCCAUUGAGCCAGAAAGACCAGUUAUGUACGGCAUUCCCGCACUGUCUGACGUAACUCUGGAUCCUUACCGACUGGGAACCACCACGUGGCAACUGCUGGUGCUUGUUCCACCAGUGAAAGUCACACUUGUAACAGCUCCGAUAGUGCUGUUUUUAAUUUUAGAAAAACCCACACUUUUGUACCACUACUAAACCUCCUUUUUAUCUCACAGUUACUGAGAGUGACACAUACUAGUGGAUGUCACUCUGCUUGUACCCUGUUGAAAUGCCACACUUCAGUGUGUGAAAAGUAUCGACGUUUGUCUAAACUUGUUAAUUUUUCAUAGUUGCUCCUACAUGUGUUCACGAGCCUACGUAUAUUUUAUUUAAAGCAUUUCAAUGAAGUCUGUCUUUAAAGCAUUGGGCGUUUGUGCUGUGUAGAGUGGAAUAGGGUUAAGCAAGGUGCGGUCUGAUCCAGUUCAUCUGAGACUCCAGACUCAUGAAGAAUUCUGCCAAGUCUGUUGUUUUUGUUUUGCUUUUUUGAGACAAGGUCUCUCAGUGUAGCUGUGGCUGUCCUGAAGUCCUCUGUGUAGACCAGGCUUGUCUCGAACCCUCAGAGGUCCACCUGCCUCUGUCUCUGAGAUGGCAGGAUUACAGGUGUGUGCUGCACCAGGUGGUUUUGAAGCACUUUUGCUACUUACAGUGUUUCCAGUGCGAGCGUGACUGUGCCAGUAGCCAUACUGCAGGAGUAGUCUGGGCUGCAAGCUGUGGGAUUGCCUCUAGGGAAGCAUAGCAUGGAAAAUCCACCUGCCAGCACUGCAUGUCUGCACAGCUCUGGCUGCCCUGGAAUUACAAUGUAGACCAGGAUGACCUGGAAUUUACAGAAGCCCUCUUGCCUCUGCCUCAGAGCUGCCGGGAUUAAAGGCAUGCACUGGGUUUCGAAGGAUCGUAUUUAUAUUCCUGCGUUUCCUAAUCUAAGACCUCCUAAGUAGCUCUUUGUUACUUUGACUGUACUGUGAAUGCAUGUACUGUGAAGUGCAUGGCCCUGGGGUUGGUUGUAGGCUGAGUGCCACCAGAGCAGUCCACUGAUUUACACUCACCAGAUGCUGCGGAUAGACCCACGUGGUACCAAGGUUACUUGGCUGUACUUGUAAUGGGCACGAAUGGGAUACAGCAGUAGGCACAGCCAGCAUAGCCAGAACCUGCCCACUAGCUCCAGCAUGCUCACCCUAAGGAAGCACUUGGUCUACACAAGAUUAGUUCAGGACCUGAGGAGGUUGGCUGCAGCAUCUGGGUUCCCUCCAGGGACCCAGCCCUUGGUGUGGGGAGGGUGUGUGGUAGUGAGCUGCAGUCUGAGGCGGUGCUUUUUGCCCAUGUUAUUUAGGUAGCCAGGGUCAGCAUCUGGCUUUCACCACUGAAAGGGUGCCCAGACCAGAUGCCUCUCACAGAACUCAUCAUUUCAGCCGAUCUGAAGGAACAAGCGACUGUUAGUGUUCCUGUGUGUGUAUAACAUGGAUGUCAACACUUCUACAUGUGUAACGUGUGUUAUGUUCCCAUGUGUGCAGUGUAUGUAACACCAAGUAGGGGGCAUCGGUGUGUUUUACCCCCAAAUUGUAUUUGUUUAAAAAUGGGUAAUAAACAUUGAGUUAAAAAGGGACUAGGU